UUUUUUUUUUUUGUUUUCCCCAAUUGCAUACCCCCUUUGUCCAACCAAAACUUCACACUCUUUAUCGUGUCAAUAUUUUGUGGUUGAAAAUGUCUCUACGUCGUAGUACUCGGAAGACAACCGAAAUAGUCAAAUCAGAACUCAAGCGAUCUCAUGACGACAUUGUUAUCAAAACCGAAUUACAAAAGACCAUUACGACAAAAGUCAAGAAGGUUAAAAAAGAAAUUAAAAUAGAAGACGAACCCCUGCAUCAGCAGCCUCAAGAACAACAAAAAGCACCCAAAAAUUGGGAAAUCGUAUAUGAUACACUGGAAGCUUAUCGUGAAAUAAACAAAGCAGCCGUGGAUACUAUGGGCUGCGAAAGAUUAGCCGAUAGUAAGGCACCAGCACAUGUACAAAGGUUUCAGACACUUGUUUCGCUCAUGCUAUCAGCACAAACAAAGGACACCGUCACAAGUGCUGCAGUCAUCAAAUUGCAAAAUGAACUGAAAGGUGGUUUGUGCCUGGAAAGCAUUCUGUCAUUAGAUGAAGCUGUAUUGGAUGAUAUGAUUCGAUCCGUUGGAUUUCACACCAAAAAGGCCUCGUAUAUCAAAAGGACUGCGGAAAUAUUACGGGAUCAAUAUAACGGUGAUAUUCCUGAUACAAUUGAAGGAUUAACAAGCUUACCAGGUGUAGGGCCAAAAAUGGGUUAUUUGACAUUACAAGUAGCUUGGAAUAAAACCUCGGUAUUGGGAAUAUCAAAUAGGUUAGGCUGGGUAAAGACAAAGACACCCGAAGAAACUAGACUGAGUCUUCAAUCUUGGUUACCCAAAGACAAGUGGAAAAAGAUCAAUCCGAUUAUGGUAGGUUAUGGCCAGAUUGUUUGUCUUCCAAGAGGUCCACUUUGUAAUGCAUGUCCCGUGAGUCAAUAUUGUCCCUCGGCUGUAAUCAAAAAAAUGAAAAACAAGAUUUUAACCGAGUCUAUUUAUUUCAAGAAAGAAGAAGAUACCGCUCCAUUGGACUGGUAACAUAUUAAAAUUAAGACGGGAAUUCCCAAGGGGAAUGAAAGGAAAAAAAAAAAUAUCGAUACCCAAAUGACAAUAAAGGACGGAAGUUUUCUCAUA